UUUUUUUUUUCUUUUUCCUUUUCUUUUUAAUCAAAUUAUAAUUAAAUUUACCUUUUUAUUAAUUUAAAAUGAAGAUUUUAUCAACGAUUAAUUUCAUCAUCCUAAUAGGAUUAAUAUGUUUAACGCAAACGUUAUCACACAAAUGUCUUGAAUUCAAAAAACCAUUAUACAAAUAUAAAACUCAAGUUGUUGAUUGUCCAUUGGUGACAGCUAAUGAUAAAAGACAAACACAGACAUCACCAGAUAAUAUGUUUGUCGUAGAUUUUGAUUGUUCAAUUAAUAAUGCAACAUUAUGUGAUAAAGUUAAGGAUGUAUUUAUUACUGCAGGAAAAUUUAUAACAGCAACAUUAGACUUAAAAUCUGCCGUGAGUGUAAAAGCACAGUUUGUAGAUUUUUGUGCAAGUUUUAAUGAUUGUGACACGAAUGCAAUAAUAUUAGGAGCAGCAGGCCCGGCAAGAAUGAUCCCAUUUCUAAAUGAUACAGAGGGUAAAGUUAGAUUAUAUCCACAAGCAUUAUAUAAACAAAUGAAUUUACCAGAUCAUCCGCAAUUUGGACCAAAUGAAAUUGAAGCAAUUUUUAAUGCAAAUAUGAGUUAUUGGUUUGAAGGUGAUCCAUUACCUAUGGGAUUCAGACAAGCUGACAUGUUAUAUGUCGUUCUUCAUGAACUUAUUCAUGGAUUAGGUUUUAUAAAUUCAUGGAAUGAUUAUUUUAAUUUACAAGCAUUACAUCCUUAUAUUGAUAAAAUUAUGGAAGUCGAUACAGGAACACCAGGAACACCGGGAGCACCGGGAGCACCAGCAGGAACACCAGGAGCACCGGGAACACCAGCAGGAACACCAGGAGCACCGGGAACACCAGCAGGAGCUCCAGGAACUCCAGGGAUUCCAGGAGUACCAGGAACAUCACCAGGUACCCCACCAGGAUCACCAGGAUCACCAGUACCUUCAAACGUUAUAGUCCAAUUCUUAGAAUUUAAAUUUGAUAGAAAUUUAGUGUUAUUGAAGAGUGGACAAUCACUUUCAUCAAUAACUGAUCAAUUAAAUACUUUUAAAUUCGAUUUAAAUUUACCUAAUGAUUUAAUAAUUAACUCAUUCAUAAAAUCACCACAAUUUCAAAUAGCCAAGAAUAUGUACACACUUGGUACUACACAUGGUGAAAUUGGGUUUUUACUUACACCUGAUGUUCAACCUAAUACUACAUUAACUGCGGAUCAAAUUCGAGAUAAUGUUUUGAUUGUGGAGACCAGUUUGAAUCCUUUUGUAUCUAGUUCAAGUAUUGGACACGUAGAUUUUGAUACUUAUAUAAAUAGUAGUGAUUUUUUAAUGUUAUUUACGUAUCCUCACGGAAAAACUCUUGCUGAAAUGAUGGAUAGAUCAAAUAGUACUAAUACAUAUGGUCCCAUCGGUCCUAAAUUAAGAACUCUCUUGGGAAUUUUAGGGUAUGAAGUUAAAAGUAGUUACACUUCACCGAUUAUAUUUAAUGCAUCAAAUACUGCAACGAUUAAUUCGACUGAUACUUCUAAUAAUAAUGAAAAUAAUAAUGAUAAAAAGAACAAUUCUUCUUUUGUUAGUUUCAAUUUAGUAUUAACUUUUAUUUGUAUAUUAUUAGUUAAUUAUUUUAUAUAUUAAGGUGAAAGAUGGUAUUCUUUAACAUGCAUGUAAUUAUAAAUAAUGCACCAUAAUGUUUCAUAUUGAUCUGGUUUACUGUAAAAUUAUUUAAUCAACACGUCGUGUGACGUAUUAUCAAUUUAUUUUAUGUCUGCACAUUAUUUUAUUGUCAAUUGAAGUAAAACUCUAUCACAGAGGUAUAUAACGCCAUUUUAAAAGAUACAUAUUAUUUUUACAAUUAGCUCUACGCAUUUUUUUUUUUCGGGGCCAGCGCUGCGUUCAAUCAUGC